AUGGUCGAGAAAACGCUUAGCACGGGGACUUUAAAUCUGCGUUUUAUGCAAAAUGCUCGGAGAGCACAACAGUUGUCCAGUGUCGAGCUCGAGAAAGCGCACGUUAAAGAUGAUGCCGAAUGGGAAGUGGCGCCUGAUAUUCGUAAAGCUUGGGGAUUGGCAGACGGAGGAAAUGACGAUCUAUAUGAGAGAUCAUAUAUGCCUUUCCUCUUUCCUUCUGUUUCUGAAACGCCCCGUGCUGCUGCGGAGGAAAAAAAUGGAAUUUCAUCCGGUGUCAAACCCCAAGGACGUCGCAAAUUCAAUAAAAACGGAGAAGAGGUGAGUAUCUCCCGUAUCCCCAGAAUCUCAUCCAAACCUCCAGAAGUGCGGUCCGCUGUGGUGGACGUUCAACCUGAGGAAACUAGGAAAAUCAAGAUCAAAUCGAUAUCCAGCUCAACCAGUACACUUGCCAAGCCAUCAAAGAAGCUCAAGGAGCCGGCCAGCCGGGUGAUAUACGACAACAGUAACGUUGGCGUUGACCUCCGUUCCUUAUCUUCAAACAGCACGUCAUCAGCACCGAAGUCAACCAGCACCGCGUUCAUGAAACCCGCUGGCGUAGACGACCCUUCUUCAGCCCCUUCGAGCAAGGAUGCAUUCUCGACUUCUGCCGCCUCUUCCGCACGAAAAGGGAAGAGAAGACAGGAUAACGCAGAAGUCGAAACCACGGGACUGAAGAAGAAGAAAACAUCAUUCAUCGAGUGA